AUGAAUUUGUUUGGGUGGCGGAAGAGCGUGAACAUCAGCGAGCAAGACCUGACCUUUAAAGUUCGUUACCUUGGUAAUGUUCAGACCACUUUAAUGAAAGGUGAAGGAUGUGUUGAUCGUCCUACAAAUGCCAUAUGGAACAACUACCUUCGCAGCGACAACCUGGGGAUUGAGAUGACAGUUGUAGUCACUGCUUCAGGAAUGAAAGCAUAUACCAAAGAGCAGGGUCUUACAGAAUAUCGAGCCCACAGAAUAUCUUACUGCAUUGCACACCCUGCAUAUCCUCGCCUCUUUGUGUGGGUGUACCGGCACGAGGGUCGGAAGAUGAAAAUGGAGCUACGUUGCCAUGCUGUUAUGUGCAAAAAUGAGGCAAAAGCCAAAACUAUGGCUCUCCAACUGCAUCAGAAACUCACAUUUGCUCUCAAGGAAUUCCAGCGAGAGAAAUUACGAAAACAAAACUCAAGACUUACUGUUCAGCGCACCAAAGUAUUGUCUAACAAUGGCAACAUCCUUCCUCUACGAACACAGCUUUUGAGCACAGCAAAAAAUUUCCGACCACCUGUGUCAAAAUCUCAAGCAGCACUUAAGCUUGGCGCCAUCACAGAAGAUGAAGAAGAUGAGUGCAUUGGUGCUGACGAAGAAGAAAUGAUUAAAAUGAAAUACCACGGACUAAAACGAGGAAGUGUGGGUCCUCGAUUGCAGGGUAAUAAUAACAAUGACAUCUUUCUACCAUCCCUUCCAGGAGUUGGUCCUUCUUCACAGCGUGAGCUCUUUCAUCACGGUGAAGAGCACCAUGACAUCCUGGAGGCUUUAGAUCUAGAAUCGGCUGAUUCCUUUGAUGCAGACUACUUCAACUGUGACCCUAUCAUCAACCUUGAACUUGGUAAUGACCUGAAUGAGCUUCGUAAGGAUGAUGCUGUCAAGUACUGCAUGAACAACAAUUCCGACUCGGAUGAAGAGAGCGCAGAAUCAGGAUAUCACGAUCAAGACCAGGAUGCAACAGAGUGUGAGAAGGAAAAACUGAGAAGUAAAGAGCCAGAAAUGACAGAAGAUGAAGAAUAUGCAGUUGUGAUUUGUCAGUUACCCUCUAUGUGA